CCUUGAACUCUUUCUGAAGAGACAUAUGGUAUUAAGUCAAUAAGUAAGUAGAUUGACAACUUCUAGUAAAAUUUCACUAUGCAGCUUUUUUAACAGACCACUAGGGACGACAAUUUCUUUGUAGUUGUAUCCGCCAUUGCCUCGUUGGCAGGAGUGAUAGAAACUGCGAACGCCAUCUAGAAGCUUACAAACAAGAAGAGCAGCAAAUAGUUGUACUAGUACUUCCUAGUAAGUCAGGGAACAAGAAAAAUGGUGCUUGACUAUUCUCGUUGGGCUCACAUUGGCACUUCGUCAAGUAGCGAUGAUGAGCCACUGCCACAGAGGAAUGCUCCUACGGGUUCAAUUAAGACAAUCACCUCAUCUUCUCUUGGAGAUGGGGGGACACCUGUUUUACUCAAUGACGGAGGCGCAGGUAGCUCGUCGUCCUCGAAGCCGCUGUCUCCUCUCUGGAGCACCAAAGUGUAUUCGGAAGAACACACGCGAUGCAUGAAGAACAAAGCCCCAAAGAUGUGCAGACUGAACAACGACUCACGGUUGGUUAGGCCUGAACACAAGGACUUCUUCGUCAAGGAAAUGACUUAUCCGCAAAGGAUAAUGCUCUUGACGAGAUUUUGGAAUGCGACGGAGUCGGUAUUUUCACGAGAACGAUGAUGUUUGCUGGUCUACUACGAGGCCUCGAGCUGCUAGAAAUUCGAACAAAUCCUUUGAAUUUAAAUACUCCAUAUUUUGGUCUACUUUAAUAUCUCCUGUUCGUGUUUCAUCACGACUAGUUCUACAACAUAUUAAAGAAUUAGAUUUCAAUUUCAUCUUACAUGACCUUCACUACAAGUAUAACUAACAGGUAGAAGACCGUGCCGUCUUCAUCAGACGCUUAAUCGAGAUCCUCGAGAAGUCUGGUGCGCCUCACAUGGCGAAAGGCAUUGGUGGAGGAGCUGAGAUUUUAAACAAUGUAGCCAUCGACUUAGCCGCAGAGACAGUUACGUACCCACCACAGUGGCUGGAGUACUUCAAGAAGCGCACAGUCACAGAGAAAACUGAAAUCUUCGAAGCCUUCUUUGCAGCAAUGGACUCGAAGGAACAGGCGUGGCUAGUUGGGGGUCUGAGUGGGUAUGGAACGCCUGGGAGGGGGUGAAGACUUUAGAAGGCGUUCCAUAGGUAAGAGGACUUACUUAUACUUGGGACAAGAACGAGUGAAUGCAGAAAUACAGUGGGCGUCUUUCAAGAAACUCUAAUUGUACGUCCCACUCACAAGAAAAGAAGGUGCCCCUACUUACUCCGUUUGCUGACGUAAGUACUGCCCGCGUCAUCGCGCUGACAUGCUCACCCCCACAUACAUUAACCCCCUUGUUAGCAUGCAGGAACCCUGUAAAAAUAUAACAGAGUAGUUUAUAGCACGCAUGGCGCAUGGAGUGCAUGGAGUAGCAUGGAGUGCAUGGAGCGCAGAGCUUUAAUGGGCGCAAGAAGCUCCCCCUUUAGCUCCAUGCUACUCCAUGUGAUCCAUGCACUCCAUGCCAUGCGAGCUGUGAAACCUUAUAAAUUGCUCUGAUAUAA